AUGGAGAAGGAGCGCGAUCUUACCGUACAAGCAGCGAAUAUCAAAACGUUGAGAGAGUUCCUCCCAUGGGACUACGAGUGCGACGAGUACCUCGAUUUUCUGAGGAAAAAAUGUCGCAAGAAGCAACGAAUCGGAGUAAUUCACUCUUUGGUGGCGCGAAUAGUGCGUUUGGAGGGUGUGAGGAAGACCAUUCAAGAGCGUUUUCUACCCACCGGCGGCGGAUACGGAACCCAGAGAAGAUUCACCUGGAAAGAAAUUCAGACGGCCUUCAGGAAUCGAAUACUAACCGGUGCGGUUAUCAAUUCCGACUACAUCAAUCCACGCGAAUUUUUAGAAGAGAUAAAAAAUAUGAUCAUCGAGCGGAUCCAAAGCGUUAUGGUGGAACACAACAGCGUCAAGAUCAACACCGCAUUCAACGGGGAAUUCACCGCAGGUGACAAGACUGCCGUAAAGACCAUCGCAACCAAAAACUGCGAGCUAUUUCCAACAACCGAUUUACAAGAGUGGUACACGAAGAAUGUGGUUGACGUCAUCUUGGCAUCUCUGGAGGAGUUUCAAGAACGCGACAGCGGAUGGGCGUUGUCACGUAUCUUGGAUCUCACCAUCAACGUCAACAAAUUCAAUCCUCUACGCGCGGGAUGUCAUAUCCAGUUACCGCAGAAAAUUAUGCUAAAAAGGGCGGUGAUAAACGUGCAAUCGACGGACAAUGCGUGUUUUGCGUGGGCAGUCGUCGCUGCGUUACAUCCUGCGGAAAAACACCCGAAAAGAACAAUCGAAUAUCCACACUAUCAAGUGCUGAAUCUGUGUGGUAUAGAGUUCCCCAUGACGCUUCCGCAAAUAUCAAAAUUCGAGAAACUGAACACCAUCUCCGUCAAUGUCUUUACCAUCGAAGACUCCAAAAUCAUCCCUUUGCGCCUCGCCGACGAAAUUCUCCAUAAAAUGGAGAAGCAUGUCAACCUUCUCUACGUGCCUGGAAACAACGAGGCACAUUUUGUGUGCAUCAAGAAUCUGUCUCGGCUAGUGAGCUCACAAUUAAGCAAGAAAAGAUGUAAAAAAUACAUUUGCGAUCGGUGUCUACACUAUUUCCAGACGAGUGACAAAUUGUCAGUCCACAGCGUCGACUGCGGAAAGAUGAACGACUGCGCAGUCAUUCUUCCCAACGAAGACAACAAGUGGCUGACGUUCCGCAACUACAACCGGAAGGAGCGGCUCCCGUUUGUGGUGUACGCCGAUCUGGAAUGUACGCUGGAAAAAGAGGAGGGACAAAACCAUAUCACAUACGCCUACCAAUAUCACAAGGCGUUUAGCGUAGGAUAUUAUGUAAGUUGCGCUUACGAUAACUCAUUAUCUAGUUUUAAGUCUUAUCGCGGUGAGGAUUGCGUAGCGUGGUUCGUCAAUGAACUCCACGAUUUGGCACACCACGUGAAAGCGAUCCUUACCAUCGUUGUCCCGAUGGCGGAUCUUACGCGGGAGGAAUCGGAGGAAUUCCGUAGCGCCGUAAAUUGUCACGUGUGCGAGAAACCGUUCGCACCGGAAGAUACGUGGGUGCGCGAUCAUUGUCAUCUCACCGGGCGCUACCGAGGUCCCGCGCACUCGUCGUGUAAUUUAAAUUAUAAAGAUUCCCACGUUAUCCCGGUGUUUCCCUACGAGUACAUCAACAGCGUCGACAAGCUCCGGGAGACACACCUGCCACCGCGCGAGUCAUUUUACAGCUUGCUGAUCGGUGACGCAGUAUCCAAGAGCGAUUACGCGCACGCGACAAACGUUUGGCAAACUUUUUCGAUCGAAACUCUUGGACAGUACAGCGAUUUGUAUCUAAAAAUGGAUGUUCUUUUGUUGGCGGAUAUUUUUCAAAAUUUCCGAAACACGUGUAUAAAGAGUUACGGUUUAGAUCCCGCACAGUAUUACACUUUACCGGGAUAUACGUGGGACGCUAUGUUGAAGCACACACGCGUAAAGUUCGAGUUGCUCACAGACAUCGACAUGGUCCUGUUCGUUGACCGCGGUAUACGCGGUGGUCUUAGUCAAUGCUCCAACAGAUACGCUCGCGCCAACAAUAAAUAUAUGCCCUCUUACGAUCCAUCGAAACCAUCAUCGUACCUUAUGUACUUUGAUGUCAAUAACUUGUACGGUUGGGCAAUGUGUCAACCGUUGCCCUAUGCCGAUUUUCAGUGGGUUGAAAAUGUCGCGAGCUUUGAUGUAAUGUCCGUAACAUCCGAUUCGGCUACCGGUUAUGUGUUGAAAGUCGACCUUGCGUAUCCGAUGAAUCUUCACGACGCGCACACUGACUUACCGUUCUGCCCGACAAGCGGGAGGUCAAGUUACUUGCUACGCUGUGCGAUAAGCAGCGAUACUUCAUCCACUACCGUAACCUGCAACAAUGUAUUCGACACGGGUUGCAGGUUACAAAGAUUCAUCGAAUAUUGCAAUUCGCGCAAUCUCCAUGGCUUCGAGGAUAUAUAG